UUUGAAAUAAUCUUACUGUAUAUUCUACGAUUGUACUGUAUCGAUAUCUUAUGAAUUAAUCGAAAUAAAAUUUUAUUUCUUUUCUUUCCCUUUCUCUCAUUUCUCUUUUCCUUUAUCUAUUUUUUCUUUUCUUUUCUCUCUCUUUUCUUUGUUCUGUUUCCUCCUUCCUCUUACUCGUCGUUUAAUGGUUCAUAAGAUAUUACUCUGUAUUGACUAUAAACAUUUCAAAGUGUGCUGGGAAUUAUUCAGAUACUCGAGUUAAUUUUAUUCAAGUUAAAUUAAUACCAACAUUUGAAUGUGAUCGUGAAUUAAUUUUGAUAUUCGUGAAUUCCUUUCUAUUGAUACUUCAAGAGAUUUCGAAAAUCACGUCUUUCUUUGUGUUGUCAUGUCUUUUAAUUAUUCUAACCUACAACAACGCUUGCCAGCUCUAAUUGUGUUCUUAUAGAUUACCUUGUAUUUACAAAUAUUCGUUAAGUGUAAAUGGAUAUAUUAGCAUUUUAAAAUCUACAACUACCUCUUUUGAAAUUCAUAUUUUAUUGUACAAUGGACAACUUAUUUGGAAAAGAAGAUUCUGGAAAUGAAAGCGAACACAUAGACAUUGAGGAUAAAGAAGAAAAAGACAGUCCAUCUAGAAACUAUUUAACUAAAGAUAUAGAAUCAAUGGAUGCAGAUAAUAUGCAUAUUAAGGUAGAAUCUGAUGCAAUGAGUUCUCAAUCUCAAUCGGAUGUGGAAGAAGCAGGUUCUAGUUUGUUAAGCACAAUAGUAGAUGAUCAAAUUGAAAUUGUUAAACAUGAAAUUGAUAAUCGGGAAGAAGAUCAAACCACGGAUGAUCUAUUUGGAAAUGAUAUAGUAUUACCACAUGCAAAUCCAACACAUGUUAAAGAAAGGAGAGAAAGUAAAGAAAAAAGUAAGAAAGAACUAGAGGAGGAGGAGAGAGAAAAAAUGCAAGUUUUAGUGUCCAAUUUCACAGAGGAUCAGUUGGAUAGAUAUGAAAUGUACAGGAGAGCUGCAUUCCCAAAAGCAGCCAUAAAAAGAAUUAUGCAAACCAUUACUGGUUGCUCUGUGUCACAAAAUGUAGUCAUAGCAAUGUCUGGUAUUGCAAAAGUGUUUGUUGGAGAAAUUGUAGAAGAAGCCCUUGAUGUUAUGGAAGCACACCAAGAAACAGGGCCACUACAGCCAAAACAUUUGAGAGAAGCAGUCAGGAGAUUAAGGCUUCAUGGGCAGAUUCCAAAUGGUCGUGCCCAUAAAGCAUUUUUUAGGUUGUAAGUGAUCUGUAGAAACAUUAGAUUAACAUGUUCCGUACCACCGGGAAUUUCUGUUAUAUCUUGCUUGCAAAGUGUAUUGAUUUCUUUACAUUUCCGCUGCUCAACAUAAAAAUUGCGCAUGUACUAAAAAUGGUACAUGCGGCACUGAACGUGUUAAACUAUGAUUACAGUUCAAAGAAGACUGUACAGUGUUUUAAGAGAAUGUUAAGAGUAAGAUCUUAUUUUUAUAUAGAAUGUAUGAUGAGUCUAUAGCAAAUUAAAAUUCUUAAGAACAACUAUAGAAAUAAUUUACAAUUUAGGUAUCUGUUUCAACAAAAGGUUUAUAAAUUAUUAUAAUUAUAUUAUUUAUACGAUAAUAUGUUAACCUUUUGCUGUACUAUACCGAGUCAAACACGACGAAGAUUUAUUUUUUUAUUAUCACUUCUAACCUGUAGAAUAAAUGUAGGCUUACCAUAGACAUAGAACCUCUAUUUUAUCUAUCAAAUCGUUAAUAGUAGAAUAGUUCUAAUGAGUAAAGUUAGGAAAAAUAUCAUUUUGUGAGGAGUUAAUACAAUCGUUAGUUUAUUACUUGUAAUAUCAUUAGACCAUAGCACAAUAUCAUU